AUGGCCGCUUUCCCCCUGGGCAUACAGGGUGACGUGAGGAGGUGGUCGGUCAACAACCACAUGGCACGUGCUGAAGUAGCGGCGCCAAGAUUUCGCGAGAAAUUGUUAGUUCCAUCAUCAGUUUCUCGCCCGAUUCUUCUUAACUUCCUUUCGCAUCCCUCAACGGGCGACGCUUCGGGAAAGAUGGCGGUCUCCAUCACUUCGACCUCCGAGCUCACGGACGAGCAGGUCGAUGCCAUGCUCGCGCGUGCUGCUCAACGUUUACGAGAAAAGUCCAAGUCAGCCGUGGCGAAAUCAGAGUCUUUCCACAUCCCCAAGCUGGAUGUCAGGAAUCUGGACAUAGUGCCCGCAUCCUCGAGCGCGAGCAAAUUUGCGAAUGUUGGGCUGAAAAAGCUCGAUGAUCCAUUGCCGACGACAUUGUCCAAGCAGGAGGUGAGACGGUCGCGCAACGCCCCCAAUCCAUUCAAAACACUUCAAUGA